CGUCGUGUUGCAGUUAGUAUCGGUUCAGCUCAUUGACAGUUUGGAAACGCUUGUAACUACGGUUUUUGUUUUCAGCAGAAAUGGCAGCAGCUACAGUUAUCGCAAAUCAGAACGUGGUGGAGAGGGUGACCAGCCUUCCUUUGGUGAGCUCCACCUACGGCUUGGUGUCCAGCGUGUACUCCAACACCAAGGACACCCACCCGUACAUCAGGACUGUGUGUGAGGCGGCUGAGCAAGGAGUCCGGACCAUCACCUCCGUGGCCCUCACCACCGCUUCACCCAUCAUCGGCAAGCUGGAGCCUCAGAUUGCCAUUGCCAAUGACCUGGCCUGCAAAGGUUUGGACAGGAUUGAGAAAACCUUGCCGAUACUUCGCCAGCCAUCUGAGCAGAUCGUCUCCAGUGCCAAGGAUGUGGUAACCAGCGCUAGAGGCGUUGUGACGGACACGGUCUCAGACACUCUGACCUGCGUCGUGGACAGGACCCGGGCCGUGGUCAGCGGGAGCGUCAGCACAGUGCUGGAAAGCAGAGUGGGCCGGCUCGUGAGCAGCAGCGUUGACACGGCACUCAGCACCUCGGAGAGUCUGGUGGAGCAGUACCUGCCUCUGACGGAGGACGAGCUGGAGCUGGAGGCGAAAACUGUGAAAGGCUUCGACGACAAAGAGCCAAGCUACUACGUCCGCCUGGGUUCCCUCUCCACCAAGCUCCGACAGCGGGCGUACACCAGGGCGGUGGCCAGAGUCAGGGACGGCAAGCAGCAGAGCAUGGAAUUCAUCUCUGAGCUUAACUCCACCGUUAACCUGAUUGAAUAUGGCAGAAAGAACAUCAACGGGGCUAACCAGAUGGUAAAUGACCAGCUGACCUCUCUGGCGGCGUGGAGGUCCAACGGGCCAAACCAGCAGAACAGUCACAAGGCAGAGGUUAUCGAGUAUCGCACCUUGAGCCUGGCCCAUUCCCUCACCCAGCAGCUCCAAACCACGUGUCUGGUCCUCGUCUCCAGCCUGCAGGGCCUCCCCAACCACAUCCAGCAGGAGGCGCUCUCCCUCAGCCGCUCCGCCACGCAGGUCUACGUCAGUUUCAGCAAGGCCGGCUCACUGGGAGAUCUGCCAGACAGCGUGCUGACCAGCAGCAAAGUCCAACUGGGCAAAAUCAAAGAUUCCCUCGACAUCGUCAUGGAUUAUCUGGUCAACAACACGCCGCUCAACUGGCUGGUAGGUCCUUUCUACCCCCGGCUGGCCCCGGAGAACACUCGCGCGCCGGCUUUGCCCUCCAGCUCUCCCGCCACCCAGUCACACCAAGAGGAGCCCAUGGAGGUGGAGAUGGACACACUUCAUUCCCAGCAGAUAUCCCAGUGAUCCAUUACAGCUUUAUGUUCAGAGUAAUAUAUUCCUCUUUGUAGGCAAAGGUUUGACUUUACCAUUGUUCCAUGUCAAACACCACGCUAUUUUAGACUAAUUCUUGCUGAAAUCUCGUUUUUUUUAUGCUAGCCAAUCUAGCAAAACCUGUAACGCUUUGUCUUCUACAUAAACUCUACUGGAAUUAAAUUAAAUACAUUUUUUACACUUGU